GAAUGUCCAAUAUAAAGAAGAACUUCUAAUGUUUUCUGUCAUAUAAAAGAAUCAAAUUGAAGAGAUACUCAUUCAGUGCAAUAGUGAUUUAGGGAUUCGGAGUGUCAAUUUAGUUAAAGACAAAUUAAGAAUCCUCCUGUCAAUAUCAUGAGAAAUUUCAUCUGUUGCAUUUUGGCAGUGGUCACACUUUUCGCGUGCUCCGUUUCCGCUGAGAUUAAUAUUUGUGAAAAUGUCGUAGAUGGGGUGUUCUUAGACAAUGUCAAUGAUUGCUCUAAAUACUAUACUUGCAUGGGAGGAAAGGCUUAUCCCGGUGAGUGCGCGGAUGGUCUCUACUUCAGCUCCAAGACCCAACGUUGUGAUAUUCUAUCGAAAACCGAGUGCUUUCCAAAGUGUAAUGGUACCUUGAAGUUCUUGAGUUACCACAAGACCUGCGACAAGUUUACUAUCUGUUUCGCUGAAACUCAUGUACUACAAAAAUGCGCCGAUAAUUUGCAGUUUAAUUCGGACACCGAUCGUUGCGAUUAUGCCCAUAAUGUUGAUUGUGUGACAAACAUGUGCACUGGUAUAAACGAUCCUGAAAAUAUUCACUUUUUACCAAGUCACAGGUCCUGCGAAGAUUAUUACAUUUGCUACAGUGGUGAGGCUGUUCUUCAAAAGUGCUCUAAGGGAUUAUUCUUCAAUCCCAAAAGGAGGGGCUGUGAUUUCAAGGAAAAUGUUAACUGUACUAUCUCAGCUAAGUCUCGUAACGUAUUGCCAUAUGCUAAGAUGCCACCAACUAGGGCAAAUAUUCCAUGUCCAAAGCAGGGUUCCCACUUCUAUCCAAGUCCAAGUGAUCCAGCAGCAUACUAUUUUUGUUCCAAUGGCAAGGGUAUCGUAUUAACUUGUUCACCUGGUUUGGUCUAUGAUAGGACAAUCGAAUCAUGCCGUGAUCCUAAGAAUGUCAAAUAGACACGAUAUUAAAAUAACUUAAAACAUUUCUAAUAAAUAUGACGUUUUAUGAACAACAAAA